AUGCAACGUCUGGUCUCUCUCCUCGUAUUUUGCGUUUUUCUGGGGUGCAUCAAGGCAGAUAUUGUUUUCACAUGGCCCUAUCCAGGAGCCACCUUGGGCUCGGGAGAUGUCACUCUUUGGUGGAGGGAAGAUGGAAAUGCGCUUUUGAUCGAGGAGAUGGGUAGUCAUUUGUUGGUUUUGUUUACCGGAAGUAAUAAUGUCAUGCAAGUUUUAAAUGAAUGGGUCAUUCCAGUUGGAAUGUAUAAUACAAUUAUUCACCUCAACUCAAACAUUGGACCCAAUGCAAACAAUUCCUAUUUCUUUGGCAUUCAGUCAAAUCCCAUAAACAUGACGAACUAUCCAUCAACCUCCAUUCCAGUUCUCACAAACUUCUCACCCCGUUUCUCUCUCACGAACAUGACGGGUAGAGAUUUUAGUCCUUCUAUCAGCGCUGCAAAUGUCGCGUGCAAUACCACAGAUGGGCCGGAUUCUGUAAUUCGAGAGGAAUCGCAAGAACAAGUAUCUUUGGGUAUGGCUAAUAUACGCUCUCUGUCAUCCGCUCAGAUCACUGCUUCCGGGGUGAUUCACAAUCCAACUGAUGGUGUACUCGUUACAACUAUCCCUCUGACACCUGUUAUCUCAGCGACUACUUCGCCUUCGUCUCUCGUAACAACUAUUUUCUUUACACCAACACCCACUACCUCUCCUAAACCGGUUACAGAAACCCCGACACAGACUCCGGCUCUUACAGCCAGUGCCCAUAAAAGGAUUGUGAUCGCUGUCCCUGUCGCUAUAGGUAUUGCUGCUCUGGCUGGUAUCUUUCUAUUCUUUGUUGUUCGAUACAGGCGUCGGCAUCCAUCAUCCGAAAAGGCUGACCCAGACGGAUCUAUUCUUCCAUUUUUCCCACCACCGCCUACUCAUCCCAACACAUGGAUGGAUACCACGACUUCCACUGUCAAGAACAAAUCCAAUCGUUUCUGGUAUCGUCUGAAAGCCAAGCGCCCACGAAAUAGUGUUGCUGAGUUGCCUGGGUAUGAAGGCCCCAGUACAUUGAAGUCUAGCUCACAGCGUAACACCAGUCCAAGCGGAACGACAAUAACAAACAAGAGCGAAAUGGCCCACACACCUAUAGUUGUUCCUUCCACUGCAGUAAUUAGACUCUCGUCGACUCAAAACCGGCAUCGGCCACAAAAUCACCCAGGACGCGAAGUUGGCUUUUCGGCUGUAGGUCCGAAUUCGGCAAUCAAUAACCACAACUCAGAUCCUAAAACUCCUAUUAGUGUUACCCACACGAAUAAUUCGUAUCCACGUGCCUCAACUAUCAAGACCAUCACGACUGAAAGCUCAGGCAUUCCAUCUUCAUCAGCUCUUUCUUUUGACCGAGAACGCGAGCGUGGUUCCUUUCCUUUAGACUUCGAGACCCCCACAUUUGAAGAAGGAGAAACACAAAUACCACCACAACCACCGAGCCCUACAGCUCUUAGAGGUACGGCAAAAGUAGUUACGAUUCCGAGGAGUAUAUCAUUAUCACGUUCGGGCUCGGAUUUUAGUGCGAUACCUCAACCUUCUUCUACUUACUAUCCUGCGAGGAAAAGUUCGCGUCAAAGAGGAGGAUCAGAGGGAUAUAAUUUUUCAAAUCCUGCAUCAACAUAUCAGAAAUAUUCAUAUAAUACACCUUCGUCUUCAAAUCAAGCUGUGCAAACAUCUUUUCCUCCACCGCCAACUUCAAUAAUGUCUCAGGCGUCUCAAUCAAAAACAUUUAGAAGUCCAAUGGGGAGGACGGACGAGAGCGCGGCUGUUAGAGAAGCAGAAAGAAGAAUUAGAGGAUUACUUGGAAAUAAUGGAGGAAUUGGUUCCGGUCGGGAUGGGAUUGUAAGUCCGAUUAGUCCGGUUAGUCCUAUGUCGAGAUGA